CCACCUCCCCUUCCGCCUCCCUGCACUACUGCUAACCCCUGCUCCCCAAUCCUGAUCCACCCCCACACCCGAUCCCCUGAAUCGCCGUCCCAUCACCCCGCUCCGGGUCUGCGAUUCGGGUUUUGAUUUCCCAUCGUUUGGGAGUUGGGACUUUGGGUUGCGUGCGUGUUCGAGUGUUCUUGAUCGCUAUUGAGAUGAGGACCGCGAAGGCGGCGGCGGAGUGGACGGAGGACAGAGAGCUGGAUUUGCUUCUCGGCGAGAUCCCCCAGGUCACCUCCCCGCAGGGGCGGCAGCGCGGGGUGGGCGUCAUCGGCGACGGCAACGGCGUGCAUGGCGCCUCGGGGUGCGACGGGUACGCUUCACCAAUGCGCCUGGGGGGCCGACGGGUACACUGCCCCCCGGGGGGCGACGGCUACGAUGCGCAGCGCCACGCCAAGGACGCUUACUACGACAUGGUCCUGAACCGUCGCGAAAAUGGUGCUCCACUCCGCGGCGGCGGCGGCGGCGGGGAUGCAGAGGGCGUGGGCUUCCCCGCGCCGUCACCGGUUCCAGGACCAUUCAUCGGUAGCGUGGUGCCGCCGCCGCUUGCGCUGGGGGUGGACUACCCGGAGCAGCAGCUGGUCGUGAACCAGCUCCAAAGCCUGCGCAUCGGGGACGCGCAGGCCGCGCUCCUGCGCCAGGGCCCAGCGCCAGUCAUGAGCACGACCCCGAUCGAGGUCCCCGCAGCGCACGGCGCCUACCACGGGUACAACUUCGCGGCGUCAGGUUCUUCCAUCCGCCAUGAACACGUGUUCCUUGAUCAGGCCAAAGCUGACGGGUACGUUGCAGCACGGCCGCAUCGCCUCGUGUCGGACGUUGGCCUGGAUAACUUUGGUGUUUUUCCCAGAACCCUGGACACCAGCACUGGCAUUGGUUGGGGCCAAGGUUUCGUGCAGCCUGAUUUCGCCCAGUCCUACCUGCUUUCCAGUCAGGCUGGUAAUGCAUAUGGUGGUGUCCCUGUGGCAGACAACGGGUUUGUGAGAGGCAGAAAUCAGUUUGAGGCAUUCCAUCCUGACAGCAGUCCCACUGAGGCGGGUGCGGAGUUUUUCAGCUCGAAUCCCGCUGCCCUUGAUUUCCGAGGUGGACCAAAGCGACACUAUGCAUAUGGUGCUAUUCCUGUAGCAGAGGCGUACCAUUGCGAGAACAGUCUAAUGUUUGGUGGGAAGAACAUGAACUUCCUGGAACGUGAGAGGAAGAGGAGUUUCCGGCGUGUUAAUAACAGAGCACCGGAGCUUGGGAAUUUGAGGACUUUGAGGUUUGACGAUGUGGUUCGUGUCAAGGAAGGAUCCAUCUACUACCACAUGGCCAAGGAUAAAAAUGGGUGCCGGUAUUUGCAGGACAAGUUUUUGGAAGGGAAGCAUCAUGUGGAUGCGAUCUUUGAAGGAAUCAUUAACCACAUUGCAGACCUUAUGAUCAGCAGUGCUGGCAACUAUCUUGUACAGGAGAUGGUGGAAGUGUGUGAUGAAGGGCAAAGACUGAGGAUCAUCUUAGCGCUGACGCAGGACCCUGUGAAGAUGAUUGCCAUCUCUCUAAACACACAUGGGACAAGGGUAGUACAGAGAUUAAUAGAGAAAGUUACGAGCAGAGAGCUGAUUAUACUCAUUAUUUCAGCCCUACAGCCAGGUUUCAUGCUACUUGUCAAUGACCCCAAUGGUACUCAUGUAAUACAGAAAUGUCUGGCAAACUUUGGAGCUGAGGAUAACAAGUUCAUUUUUGAGGGCGCUGCAGCCAACUAUUUUAACAUGGCGGUACAACGCCAUGGAUGCUGUGUUCUACAAAAGUGCAUAUCUACUGCACGUGGUCGAUACCAGGCCAAUCUAAUUGUGAAAAUAUGUGCUCAUGGCUUUGAGCUUGCUCAAGAUAUAUUCGGGAACUAUGUGGUCCAACAUGUUUUGAAACAGAAAAUUCCUUAUGCAAAUGCACGCUUGGCAUCUCUGUUUGAAGGAAAGUAUAUAUAUCUCUCAAAGCAGAAGGUGAGCAGCAAUGUGGUGCAGAGAUGCAUUGAGUUCUUCCCAGACGAUGCCAAAGCUGUCAUAGUGCAUGAAUUCCUCUUGCUCAGAGGGUCUCAUUUCGAACAACUGGUGACAGAUCCUUACGCAAACUAUGUCAUUAACACCGCCCUUAACAACACCAGGGGCCAUCUGCUCAAUGCCCUUGUUGAAGCGAUCCGCCCUCAUGAGGAUGCCAUCCGAACCCACCCCUGCUGUAAGAGGAUCUGCAGGUUCCUGUCCAGGUGGUGAAAGUUGUACCAUCUGCGUGCCUUUGGUACCAGGAGUAAGGUCGCUGGCCUGUAUUCUCGAUUGUUGUCAAUUUAUUAUGUUCACUAGUUAUCACCCAUAAUGUACUCCUCCACGCCGCUCUACAUGAGCCCGGCCAGAGUUCAGAAAGGCAGGUUUUUGUUGCAAGGUGUAAAAGAAGUCUACCGCCCCCCGUCGUGUCUUCGGUGGUGUAGUUUUUUUGCCGCACGUUUGUCCUGAUGGUGUUGUAGAGUUGUAAAAGGAACCCGUGUGCUUUCACCCCCUUAGGUUUGUUUUGUAUCUGCUGUACUGCUUUCCACGUUGGAUUCUAUGAAUUGUUACUGUUU